UAAAUUUCAACCCCCCCAAAAUGCCAAACCCAGAACGGUAGCAGUUCCCAAAGUAGAAGCACUUUCGCAGCUUCCUCGUCGUCGUCGUCGUCGUCAUAGUCAAAUCGCAUUAGUAUCAUGUCCAAGCCAAGGUUGGAGGGAAAGGUUGCACUGGUGACCGGCGCAGCCAGUGGAAUCGGCGAGGAAGCUGCGCGGCUAUUUGCAGAGCACGGCGCGUUCGUCGUACUCGCCGACAUCCAAGACGAGCUCGGCCAAAAAGUCGCCGACUCCAUCGGCAACCACCGUGCCUCCUACCACCACUGCGACGUCCGCGACGAGUCCCAGGUCGAGUCCGCCGUUAACUUCACCGUCCGGGAGCACAAGAAGCUCGACGUCCUCUUCAGCAACGCCGGCGUCAUCGGCCCCCUGGACGGGAUCCUCGACCUCGACCUCGCCGCCUUCGACGCCACCGUCGCCACCAACGUGCGCGGGGUCGCCGCCACGAUCAAGCACGCCGCCCGGGCCAUGGUGGCCGCGGGGACCCGGGGGUCGAUCAUCUGCACCGCCAGCGUCGCGGCGGCGAUCGGCGGGGCGGGGCCGCACGCGUACACGGUGUCGAAGCACGCGCUGGUGGGGCUGGUGAGGACGGCGUGCAGCGAGCUCGGGGCGCACGGGAUCCGGGUGAACUGCGUGGCGCCGUACGGGGUGGCGACGCCGCUGUCGUGCGUGGCGUACGGGCUGACGCCGGAGGAGGUGGAGGUGAACAGCGCGGGGGCGGCGAACCUGAAGGGGGUGGUGCUGAGGGCGAGGCACGUGGCGGAGGCGGCGCUGUUCCUGGCGUCGGACGAGUCGGAGUACAUAAGCGGGCACAACCUGGCGGUGGACGGGGGUUUCACGGCGGUGAGUCACAGCUACGCGGCCAUGUGAGAGAGCGGGGGCGGUGAGCUGGCAUUCUGGGCAAGAUGCGGGUCUUUCGGGAUUCUCUUUUUUGUUUUGGGAAAGUAUGUGCAGGUCAAGGUCAAACCCUGUGACCAGGCUUAAGAUGUGCAUUUUUCUGUGUUAAAGGGAGGGAGCUUUGUGUUUUUUCAGCUCGACCUGUUCAAAUGCCUCACUAAUGAGUGCGCCUCUCGUCUUU